GUGGACACGUUAUCCAAGAUGGAACCUGGAAGACAAACAGGAACUAAACAAAGUGGCAGCAGUUUUGGAGCGCUACGCCGUCACUUUACUCGUCCAAUCAACAGGCCAGAACGUUUACAUCUUUCGUAGUCAAGGUCACAAGUCCCACCUAUAAUUAGUCAAGCCGAUGAGUGCGCUUUUACCGUUGCCAUAGCGAUUAGGGCCACGCCGCCUCAUGCGUCGCUGCUGUCAGGUUUUAUUUGCGAACAGUUAUUGGGAACUUCCAAUUGCGUCCGCCUACAGCUGCCCACAGGAGCCUCCCCCAUCCAAGAUGGCGGCGGGUGGGAAUGGUGGCCUUUCGUUCUCCGGUGUAGUGAGCAACAGCGCCCCUAGCAAUCGCGGUGGGACGGUGUCCUCUUCGUACAACUACAGCGGAGGGGCAGCGGUUUCCUCCCCGGGGAACCAAACCGCAUCUGCAGCGGCCGGUGCCUCGCCUCCAGCGGCUCCGCCUCCGCCGCUACCCACGGCCGCCGGCCUCCUGCACCGAGAGCCCGUGUACAAUUGGCAAGCCACUAAGACCACGGUGCGGGAACGCUUCACUUUCCUGUUUAACAACGAAGUGCUGAGUGACGUGCAUUUCCUAGUCGGCAAAGGACUCGGCAGUCAGCGGAUACCCGCUCAUAGGUUUGUUUUGGCAGUUGGAAGUGCUGUCUUUGAUGCUAUGUUUAAUGGUGGCAUGGCCACAACAUCCACAGAAAUUGAGCUACCAGAUGUUGAACCAGCUGCUUUCCUUGCUUUGUUAAAGUUCCUAUACUCUGAUGAGGUUCACAUUGGACCAGAGACUGUCAUGACUACCCUGUACACAGCAAAGAAGUAUGCGGUGCCAGCACUGGAGGCACAUUGUGUGGAGUUUCUCAAAAAGAACCUUCGGGCUGAUAAUGCCUUCAUGUUGCUUACUCAGGCUCGCCUCUUUGAUGAACCUCAGCUUGCCAGUCUAUGCUUGGAAAAUAUUGAUAAAAACACUUCUGAUGCCCUAAAUGCGGAAGGAUUUACUGACAUUGAUUUAGGUAAUUUGUGUGCUUAA